UUAAGAUUUUGUUCUAAUUUUUUUCGUUUAAGGACUUUGCUGACAGAGGAUUGCUCAAUCAUACCCUCUCCUCUAUAUUGUUUCAUGUUUGCCUCGUGAUUUUUUUUUCAGUUUAUUCUUAUGUAUAAUGUAUCUGAAUCGAAUUUCCGUGAUGAGGCGGUAGCUGUACUGUGUUUUUCUUCAACUAAGUAGGUAGUGGUUAUUGUAUAAGCAUUAAUGUUGUAGUGAUGUAUAUUGUUGUUGCUUCAGACGAAUCAUACCAUAUGUUUGUUGUCGAAAGGGUCACGGUGCUUGACGUACAUGAAGGAGCACUGCCUAAAAUGCUUCUACACAGAAAAAUACCAAAUACAAUUUUCAAUGGAAGCUCAAAAUUCUGGGAAUUCGCAUAUGAUUGAAGUAUGUGGUGAUGUGCAAGAUAUGGAUAUGAGCUUGGGUGGGAGAAAAAUUUGUGGAGAUGGACCAUGCGGAUUUUCAGAUGCUAAAACCAGUUCCAAAGAUGCACAGGAACGGUCAGCGUCCAUGCGGAAGCUUUUGAUAGCGGUUAUCCUGUGUGUCAUUUUCAUGAGUGUGGAGGUUGUUGGGGGUAUCAAAGCCAACAGUCUUGCAAUUCUCACUGAUGCGGCUCAUUUAUUGUCAGAUGUUGCUGCAUUUGCAAUUUCUUUGUUCUCACUUUGGGCAUCAGGAUGGGAGGCAACUCCUCGUCAGUCUUACGGUUUCUUCCGGAUUGAAAUACUUGGUGCUCUUGUUUCCAUUCAGAUGAUUUGGCUGCUUGCUGGGAUCCUUGUUUAUGAAGCCAUUGCAAGACUUAUCCAUGACACUGGUGAAGUUCAAGGCUUUCUCAUGUUUGUUGUUUCUGCGUUUGGUUUAGUGGUGAAUAUUGCCAUGGCACUCUUAUUAGGUCAUGAUCAUGGGCAUGAUCACGGACAUGGGCAUGGCUACGGACAUGGCCAUGGUGGGCAUGGUCAUGGACAUGGUGAUCAUAAUCAUAGUCAUGAGGAUCAUGAUGACACACAUAACCAUGGGAUUACCGUGACCACACAUCACUCUCAUCAUCAUAUUCAUCAUCAUGAGGUGCACUCGAAUCAUGAUGACAAACACCAUCAUACCGAGGUAGUUAACAUCUCAGAACCUCUGCUCAGUCAUAGCUCUGAAGGUGAAAAGAAACAAGUAGGCAAAAAGAAGCAACGAAACGUCAAUCUGCAGGGGGCUUAUCUUCAUGUACUUGGCGAUGCCAUUCAGAGUAUUGGAGUGAUGAUUGGUGGAGGGAUUAUCUGGUACAAGCCUGAGUGGAAGAUUAUUGAUCUGAUAUGUACCCUUGCAUUUUCAAUAAUUGUGCUGGCGACAACAAUCCGGAUGUUGAGGAACAUUUUGGAGGUUCUGAUGGAGAGUACUCCUAGAGAGAUUGAUGCCACAAAGAUUGAGAAAGGUCUCUGCGAGAUGGACGAGGUAGUUGCCAUUCACGAGCUGCACAUAUGGGCAAUAACUGUUGGGAAGGUGUUAAUGGCUUGUCAUGUUAUCGUUAAGUCGGAUGCUAAUGCUGAUGUGGUGCUGGAAAAGGUUAUAGACUACAUCAAGAGAGAAUAUAAUAUCAGUCAUGUAACGAUUCAGAUAGAGCGACAGUAAUGCUGGAGAGAGACGAUUUGUCUAUGCCCAACCGUUAUAAUUAGGUCAGUCUGGUGUUUUUAAGACUUCAAUUUUUUCCCCACAGUUGACAGAUCAUAAUCUGUUAUCUCAUUGGUUUGCUCUUAAGUUCCUUGUUUUUAAAUCUACUUAUCUUGUGAAUGCAUGAAAGUUUAGCAUAAUGUCUUUGAAACACAAAAGAUUACAAUAACGAAACAUCUCCAACUGGAAACUACAUAUUCUUAAAAAGCAGAACAAGCAACUUGAAUGUCUGAAAAUCCUGCUUCUUUUCCCAAACUUUUGUAAUUCUCUCUGCUCUCCUUCUCCAUCGCAUUGGUAUUCAUUAGGUACACAUCAAACUGAAACAAACUUCUAGCAAUUCAUCAGUAUCAUCAAGCAUCGAUCGUCAUUUGCAGAAGUUGAAAGUUGUCGAAAGUGCAACCAGUCGAAUGAUAUGGGGUAUUAUCGAUUUGAACACAAAACUAAAAUGUAGGGGUAAGACUAGUAUAGAAAAUUUUGACAAAAAGGAUUAUCUCAUCCAAAGUAGAUGUUUGCUUUUGAACAUGCUCUAUAAAUAAGGAAUUGAAUAAUUCUCAGAAACCUCACCUUCAUGAAAAUAGCAUUGCCUUUCGGAAUCCUCACAAACAUAUCUUCUGCAGUGUGCUCUAUACCUGAAGCAAAACUCUUCCGUAAGUUAGCAAAGCAAAGUGAACUACGAAGAGCUACACAAGAUUGUCUGAUGCUAACCAAAAAAUUUAUCUCAUACUGCAUUGACACCCUUCAAGCCAUUAACAGCUUCCCAACAGUUAACACGAGAUUGUCCGAUGCUAACCAUUUGAAAGAUGCAUCUUUCAAAUGGUACCUGCAGAAAUGGUGACAUGAAUAUGACCGCAGUCUUUUAACACGCUAAAUGGGAGCCCUCCCAACAAAACUGCAUCUUUCAAAUGGUGCCUGCAGAAAUGGUGACAUGAAUAUGACCGCACUGAUGAUGCAAAAGAAAAGAACAUGUUCAGCUCUUUACUUGUAAAUCAUAGUUUGAUAUGUAUACCGAAGUAAUUCGUUUAAAAACAAAAAAAAGGAAAAAGUUUUGCACACGUGUCAGACUGCAAUCUGGGUUGCGGAGAGAUCGAAGCUGAGAAGCUAUUUGGGAAGGCGAAAGCAGGGCUCCGGGGCAAUCUCUGUGUAUAAUGUCAAGCACACCAAACUCUAUGGCUGCUUUAAGCACCAUGGGCAAUACUGAUCCGCUUACCAAUUGCAUUGCAUAUUGGGAGUGAGCUUCCUCUUCUCCAUUAAUGGUGGAGAUUUUCAGCUGUUUUUUUCCUUCUUUUGGAGUUUCGAUUUUUUGUUUGGAAUACUGGUUUAUAUUGCUGUGAAAAUUAUAUAGACUUGAAAGGUGAAAAGGGUUUUCAACUUCA